AUGGAUCCCAACUCGCCAGACUAUGAGCGUGACAGCGCCAUCGUCGCCGCAGUGUUACAAGCCAUCAAUUCCAGCGCAGAAUUUACCAAGUCUUCUGCAUUUUGGCAGCAAGUCGCUUCCAACCUGCAAGCGAAUUCCAACCUUUCCUGGGGAACUUCACGCAUCGAGACUGUUUACAAGGGAAUUCGGGCAAGGAACCCGUUGGUCGACCUCCCAAGCACCGAUUCGUUCGUGCGCAAGGCCGUCCGUCAGGCUGCACGGAGAGCUGAAGCUGCUGUGGCGAAGGAUAAGCGAAGAAGUCCUGGUUCUUCGAACGGAGGAUCGAGGAAGGGAUCUCCGACAGGAGGCAAGAACAGGACGGAUGAGCAGAAUCUGCCGAUUAGAGAGCGUUGA